AAACAUGUUUCGGCCGCGGAAAAGGAAACAACAGAUAUUUUCUUCUGAACUCAGAAAAGUCCUUUGAUAAAUCCCACAACUCGCGGCGCACGUGUUCGGGGAAUCGUUGCUUGUGAAAUUUACAUUAUCAAGAUUAUUCGUAGUUGUGUUGUCGGUGUCCGCUUUGGUGUUGUGCGAAUUUUUGCUUGAAAUGCAAAGAAAAUGUCAAAAGCCAAAAUACGUACAUAUUUAAUGAAUUUUUGAUUGGUGCUGUCGUCUAACCGGAAAGUGCGGGCAGAAUUGAUUCAAUGUCUGAGUGCUGUGUUUGAAAAAAGUUACCAAUUGAAAGCUUCGAUCGGUCAGUGUUAAAUAAUGCCGUAUAGCACUAUUUGCGUUGCAGAAAACAAAUCACAAAUAUGUUCAUAUGAUUAAAAGUAUUAUAAUAUCAGUAUCAGCAGUAUACAAAUCUCCUUCCAAGAAGUAAAAGUCAAUUAUCUACUUUUCGGCAUCAUUGAGAACCAUGUGAAUUAUCCGGAUAAAUGCCUCCAAUCAGCGGACCGCACGUGGGGUGAACAAAUCAGAACAGAUUCAAUCUGAGUAUAACUAGCAAGCGACGAGGAUCAUGGCCAUGCCCGGGAAAUGUAAAGGCUGCGCCUUAAUGCUAAUCAUCACAAUUAUGACAAGUACCAGUGUAACAAGAACAUGGUCAUUGGAGGAGGCCCAGCACUUGCCUCAAGCAAUCAGGAAUCGGCAGGGCAUUAAGUCAUCACCCAAGUCCAGAAACACCAGCGUCAACGAUUUGCUGCCAGUGAUUUCAUCGCCCGAAGCGUCGAUUGAAAGCGAUUACGUCUACAUUGCCUCUCUUGUCCGGAACAGUAACCACUUUGCUCAUUUCAACAAUGCCGUGGAGGAGGAGCAGGAGCCAGAGGAGCACCCAAUAGACGAGACAACCUAUCCGCCGCCAAUUUUUGACUUUGGUAUGCCCAGGAAUAUAACGGCCCGAACGGGUCACACGGCGGCCAUCAAUUGCCGAGUGGACCACCUGGGCGAUAAGUCGGUAUCCUGGAUAAGGAAACGCGAUUUACACAUCCUGACUGCAGGCGUUUUGACCUACACCUCUGACGAGCGUUUCAAGGUUGUACGCACCGCCGACUCCAAGGACUGGACAUUGCAUGUGAAAUACGCUCAGCCACGUGACAGCGGCAUCUACGAGUGCCAAGUGAACACGGAGCCAAAGAUUUCGAUGGCAUUCCGCCUGAAUGUCAUAGUGACGCCGCCAGAUGCCAAAGCGAUUAUUGCUGGUCCGACGGACUUGUACGUCAAAGUGGGCAGCGUCAUAACGCUCACAUGCCUGGUAAAACAGCCGACGACAUCGGCACAGGAUAUUGGCCCCAUCUACUGGUAUCGCGGCCCAUACAUAUUAACGCCGUUUGUUGCCCAUCCCAAUGAGGCGGCCAUUGAUUUGCAGCGUAUAUCCAUGGAAUCAACUCUGACAGAGAAGCUACAGAGCAGAUUACGCAUUGCCAAUGCACAGCUGCUUGACACGGGCAAUUAUACGUGCCUGCCGACCACGGCGGAGGCGGCCAGUGUGCUGGUCAAUGUCAUCAAUGAUGAAAGCCCCGCGGCGAUGCAGAAGAGUAAAGGUGUCCGAGUGGCCAGCAGCUGUCGGAGCACUCGAAUGGCUCUCGUCAUGGCGUUGGUUGCCAGUUCAGUUGUGCGAUGGCUACUCUCCUGCAGCUGCUCCAACGCCUCCUCGAAUGUAUCAUCUCUGCAUAUCAACUACUGGCACCCGCAAGCAAUCAGAGUCAGCCGAAGGGUGGAGCGGCCACAGCUACGGGUAGACGUAGACCUAAGGGAAACUUUGUCUGAAUCGUGAUAAGUAAUUACGUGUGUGGAUACUUGAAUAUAUUGUACAUAGGACUAUUUAAUAGCUAAGGAUGAACAUCAAAAUACGAUCCAGAACAUCAAAUAUAACGAAACCAUUUCGUAAUCUGUGUGUAAUGUAUAUUCAAUCAACCAGCAAACACUUUCAUCAAUACAUUACAUACAAUCACUUUUAAUAUAGACAUAGUAAUAAUUUUAGAUUUUGUUGCUAUGAAAACGACUGCUAAUCAUUUUAUGGAGAUUUGUACUUUUCUUUGGGUAUAUUUUGCAUCUGGCAAACAACAAACUUACACAGCUAAUACCAUACGUUGGUCUAAUUUGUAUGCAUAGCUUUAAAUAUAAUGGAAAAACUGAAAAUAAAAUAUUCAUAUUAAAUAAUGUAUAUAAUUAUGACAACGCAUCGAAAAAA